CCCGCGCUACGUCACGGCGUCGGGGCGGAAGAUGGCGAAGGCCCGGGCCGGUGGUUGCUGAGCGGACCCGGACGCAGCUGGGCCCGCGCUCGGCCAUUCCAGCUGCCGCGGGCGCGCCGCCAUGUCGCUUCUGCAGUCCGCCCUCGAUUUCCUGGCGGGCCCAGGCUCCCUGGGCGGUGCUGCCGGCCGCGACCAGAGCGACUUCGUGGGGCAGACGGUGGAGCUGGGCGACCUGCGGCUGCGGGUGCGGCGAGUCCUGGCCGAGGGAGGAUUUGCAUUUGUAUAUGAAGCUCAAGAUCUGGAAAGUGGCAGAGAGUAUGCAUUAAAGAGGUUAUUGUCUAAUGAAGAGGAAAAGAACAGAGCCAUCAUUCAAGAAGUUUGCUUCAUGAAAAAACUUUCCGGCCACCCCAACAUUGUCCAGUUUUGUUCCGCAGCGUCAAUAGGGAAAGAAGAGUCGGACACGGGGCAGGCUGAGUUCCUCUUGCUCACAGAACUCUGUAAAGGGCAGCUGGUGGAAUUUUUAAAGAGAAUCGAAUCUAAAGGCCCUCUGUCGUGUGACACCGUCCUGAAGAUAUUUUAUCAGGCGUGCAGAGCAGUGCAGCACAUGCACAGACAGAAGCCACCCAUCAUUCACAGAGACCUCAAGGUUGAGAACUUGUUGGUUAGUAACCAGGGGACCAUUAAGCUGUGUGACUUUGGCAGCGCCACGACCAUCUCGCAUUGUCCUGACUACAGCUGGAGCGCCCAGAAGCGCGCGAUGGUGGAGGAAGAGAUCACAAGGAACACAACGCCCAUGUAUAGAACGCCAGAAAUCAUAGACUUGUAUUCGAACUUCCCUAUCGGCGAGAAGCAGGAUAUCUGGGCCCUGGGCUGCAUCUUGUACCUGCUUUGCUUCCGGCAGCACCCUUUUGAGGAUGGAGCAAAACUUCGAAUAGUCAACGGGAAGUAUGUGAUUCCUCUGAACGACACCCGGUACACGGUCUUCCAUAACCUCAUCCGUGCCAUGCUGAAGGUCAACCCAGAGGAGCGGCUGUCCAUCGCGGAGGUGGUGCACCAGCUGCAGGAGAUCGCAGCCGCCAGGAAUGUGAACCCCAAGUCACCCAUCACAGAGCUCCUGGAGCAGAAUGGGGGCUUUGGGAACAUUGCACCUUCCCGAGGGCCAGCCCCUCCCAUGGGCCCCGUGAGCAGCGGCUACAAUGGAGGCCUGGCUCUGGCAGAAUACGACCAGCCCUAUGGCGGGUUCCUUGACAUCCUGCGGGGUGGGACGGAGCGGCUUUUCACCAAUAUCAAGGACACCUCUUCCAAGGUCAUCCAGUCUGUUGCCAAUUAUGCGAAGGGCGAUCUGGACAUCUCUUACAUCACAUCCAGAAUUGCGGUGAUGUCAUUCCCUGCGGAAGGCAUGGAGUCAGCAAUCAAAAACAACAUAGAGGAUGUACGGCUGUUUCUGGACUCCAAGCAUCUGGGGCACUAUGCCGUGUACAACCUGUCCCCAAGGACGUACCGGGCCUCCAAGUUUCACAACCGAGUUUCUGAAUGUGGCUGGGCAGCCAGGCGGGCACCAAACCUCCACACCCUGUACAGCAUUUGCAGGAACAUGCACUCUUGGCUCAAGCGUGACCACAGGAACGUCUGUGUGGUGCACUGUAUGGAUGGGAGAGCUGCGUCUGCCGUGGCCGUCUGCUCCUUCCUGUGCUUCUGCCGUCUCUUCAGCACCGCAGAGGCCGCUGUGUACAUGUUCAGUAUGAAGCGCUGCCCACCAGGCAUUUGGCCGUCCCACAAAAGGUACAUCGAGUACAUGUGUGACAUGGUGGCAGAGGAGCCAAUCACUCCCCACAGCAAGCCGAUCCUGGUGAAGGCCGUGGUCAUGACCCCCGUGCCGCUGUUCAGCAAGCAGAGGAAUGGCUGCAGGCCCUUCUGUGAGGUGUAUGUGGGGAGCGAGCGUGUGGCCACCACAUCCCAGGAGUACGAUAAGAUGAGGGACUUUAAGACUGAGGAUGGCACAGCAACCAUUCCCCUGGGCAUCACAGUCCAAGGAGACGUGCUUAUCGUCCUCUACCAUGCAAGGUCCACACUGGGUGGCAGGCUGCAGGCCAAGAUGGCAUCCAUGAAGAUGUUCCAGGUUCAGUUCCACACCGGUUUUGUGCCUCGGAAUGCGACCACUGUGAAAUUUGCCAAGUAUGACCUGGAUGCCUGCGACAUUCAGGAGAAGUAUCCGGAUCUGUUCCAAGUGAACCUGGAGGUGGAGGUGGAGCCUAGGGACAGGCCAAGCCAGGAGGCCCUGCCAUGGGAGAGCGCCAACAUGCGGGGACUAAACCCCAAGAUCCUGUUUUCCAGCCGGGAGGAGCAGCAGGACAUUCUGUCUAAAUUUGGGAAGCCGGAGCUCCCCAGGCAGCCUGGCUCCACGGCUCAGUAUGAUGCCGAGGCGGGGGCCCUGGAGGCUGAACCUACAGAGUCGGAUUCUCCUCAGAGCAGCAGCACAGACACCAACCACUUCCUGCACACGCUGGACUGGCAGGAGGAGAAAGAGUCAGGGACCGGUGCAGAAGACCCCUCUUCUCAGGAGAGUCACUCCGUCCUUGUUGAAGACAGAGAUGACAGCGAAGUGUCUGAGGCAGAAGAGUCACUCUUCCCGAGUGAGAGCCAGGAGCCGAGGGCUGGAGAGUGCCAGCUGGGCCCAGCAGCACAGGCAGGGCAGCAGGAGCCUGAGACACAGGAGCAGGAGGAGGACGGUGUUGACCUCCUGGGGCUGCAUGUGGAGGCAGGCCCGGGGCUGAUUGCCCCCUCUCAGGCCCCUGGGGCCCCCUCCAGCAACGCCGACCUGCUCAACCGCCUUCUGGGGCCCCCUGAGGCUGCUCCAGAAGAGCCCCCAGACGAUCUGCUGGGAGGCGAGACCCCACUGCUCCUGGCAAGCCCAGCUGCCCCCCUGGGCAUGUGCAGCACUCCGAGAACAGGGCUGCCCACCACCGCCGACCCAUUUGACCCCUUCCUGCUGUCCUCUGAUGCCAACAGCCAGCCCUGCUCCAAGCCUGAUGUCUUUGGCAAGUUCCUCAAUUCAGACUCCUCAGCUGCCCCGCCUGCCUUCCCAUCCACCCACAGUGCUCCGCCCCCGCCCUGCAGCACCGACUUCCUGCACCUGGGGGACUUGCCAGUAGAGCCCGGCAAGAUGACGGCCUCCUCCAGCCACCCGGAUCUGCUAGGAGGAUGGGACGCCUGGGCUGAGGCUACAGCUCCUGGGCCGGCCCCCACGCCAGCCACAGAUGGCCCCCUCUUCACUCCUGGAGGUCAGCCAGCCCCUCCUGGCCCCCAGGCCAGCCGGACUAAGGCUCAGAGCCUGGACCCAUUUGCCGACCUUGGUGACCUUAGCUCCACCUUCCAAGGCUCGCCUGCUGGGCUGCUUCCUGGGAGCUUCGUUCCCAAGAUGGGGCCCCCUCCCAAGGGCAGUGGCUCCUGGCAGACCAGUCGGCUGCCGGCCCAGGGCACCUCGUGGUCUCCCCAGGCCAAGCUGCUGCCCAAGGCCUGUGCACAGCCAAAGCCUAACUAUGUGGCAAACUUCAGCGUGAUUGGGGGGCGAGAGGAGCGGGGGGUCCGCACCCCCAGCUUUGCUCAAAAGCCGAAAGUCUCAGAGAACGACUUUGAAGAUCUGUUGUCCAACCAGGGCUUCUCCUCCAAGUCUGACAAGAAGGGGCCAAGGACCAUCGCAGAGAUGAGGAAGCAAGACCUGGCCAAGGACACAGACCCACUUAAGCUCAAGCUCCUGGACUGGGUUGAGGGCAAGGAGAGGAACAUCCGCGCACUGCUGUCCACACUGCACACGGUGCUGUGGGACGGGGAGAGCCGCUGGACGCCCGUGGGCAUGGCCGACCUGGUGACGCCGAGCCAGGUGAAGAAACAGUACCGCCGCGCUGUGCUGGCCGUACACCCUGACAAGGCCACAGGGCAGCCGUACGAGCAGCAUGCCAAGAUGAUCUUCAUGGAGCUCAACGACGCUUGGUCAGAGUUUGAGAACCAGGGCUCCCGGCCCCUCUUCUGAGGCCCGCGACGGCUGCUGCUACACAUGUGGCUCACGGAGCUGAGGGCUGCUGGGCCUGACUGCGAGGCCUGUCCUGCAGCAGGUGCGCAAUGGGCGGCUGUAUCGGUCGUCACCCACUCCUGCUGUCCCUCCAUCAACUGGGAUGGCGUCAUUUCAUUGAUGAGAAGAGAAAGCAUUCCAAAGCCUCCGAUUCUUGUCUUGUUUUCCUCCUUCUUGUCCCGAAGGAGGUGUUGAUUCACGCUCCUCCUGUGGUUGCCACAGCUUGUGAUUCAUUCUGGUGUUUGGUGACCUUCGCCUCCUGAGAGCCUCUGCUCUUGGUUGACUGUGCCGCUCGGCCAUCCUUUCUCCGGAUCUGAAGGAGUCGUGCACAUCUCCCGUUGUAAUCAGUCUGAUGAUCGUCUGUACAUAAUUAAACUAUUUUCUGAUGGCUGCUGAGUGUCCAGCGUGGGUGCAGCUCCCUACUGGGCGCUCUGUAACACGUUUCUUCUCAGGCUCCCCACCCGUUGCUGGAUUGUUGGAUCUUGACUCUGAUCUGGAACUGGGGGUGUGGCCAGCUUGGCCGUGGCCUUCACCAGCCAGAGGGGGCGUGGCUGGGAUGUCAGAUACUGCACAAGGAAGAUUCCGAUGACAGACUGAAAGGGAGAUAUGGAGCUGGGGCUUUGACUCUCCUGCCAGGCCUCAUCCCAGCUUCCUUGGAGGGCCUGGUUAUAUCACUGGUGGGACCCUGGAGGGGCCGGCCUGCCUAUCUCUGGGAAAGCUGCUGAUCUCUGCACCCGAGCACGUGCCAGAGCUUCUCUGGGGGCCAUCAUGUUGCUGCCUGGGUGCUUGCUGUGCUGGCCAUGUCUGGGCCUCUAGGGCAACCCCCACCAGUGGCCUGUGUGUGCAGUCACAAGCAGGAGAGCCAUAGUGUGUGGGCAAGAGCAGAGGCUUUGGGUCUGGGGGCACCAGGCACACUUGUGGUCAUUGUGUGUGGUAGGGAAGAUGCCGUGGAAUGGAUGCCUGGAGGCUGCUGCUGUGGGGCUGGGCAUCUGUGGUCACAGCAUAGCCUAGGAAGUGGGGACACUGAGCUCUAGCCCCUGCCUUCACCCUGCUCUGCCCCGCCAGCUGGACUGCCCUGGGUCCCUGCGUCCAAGCAGGGUGGGGCAGGGCCUUUAGAUUUGAUCAUUCAGGGAAUUUAAAACAAAAACUAGAUUUCUUUAAAGGCCUGCUGGGCAAGUGCCUGGCUGCUCAGGCAUGUUGGGCGAAGAUGGUACUGCUGAGGCUUCAGAGGUGAGCCCAUCCAUGAAUGGUGCCAAGUUGAAGACGUGACAGUGAUUGUGGGACUUGGUGUUUUGGUCAGAAAUGACUUUCUAAGUUUCGUUUGGAUCUGUGACCUGCCGCAACCCUGGCCUGAGCACUUGUCCUGGUGACCACAGGUUCUCAGACCAGGGCAGCACUGUGGCCCUUGAGAGGCUCUGGGGGGCCUUUUCUUUAUCCAGAAUGUGAGUUGUUGAAUCAAACGUCACACAAAGCAGGAUUCAGUGAGUAGUUCUCACGUGUCUGUGGUCGAG